ACGCGCGUGCAAGGCAACGAGGGGAAAUGGCCACCGGCACCGGCACCGCCGCCACCGGGGCGGCUAGGACAGCCGCGCUGCUGCUGCUCUCGCUGGUGCUGGCGCUGGCGCCGCGGGCCUCCGGGGCCGCGGGCGCGGGCGGCGGGGACUGCCACUUCCCCGCCAUCUUCAACUUCGGCGACUCCAACUCGGACACGGGCGGGCUCUCGUCGCUCUUCGGCGCCGCGCCGCCGCCCAACGGCCGGACCUUCUUCGGCAUGCCCGCCGGCCGCUACUGCGAUGGCCGCCUCGUCAUCGAUUUCAUCGCUGAAAGCCUGGGAAUACCUUACCUCAGUGCGUACCUCAACUCGAUCGGAAGCAACUUCACACAGGGAGCCAAUUUUGCGACAGCCGGUUCGUCAAUCAGACGGCAGAAUACAUCUCUGUUCCUCUCUGGUUUCAGCCCCAUUUCCUUGGACGUGCAGUCCUGGGAAUUUGAGCAAUUCAUCAACAGAAGUGAAUACGUCUAUAACAGCAAAGGCGGUAUCUACAGGGAGCUCCUGCCAAGGGCAGAAUACUUCUCCCAGGCUCUUUACACCUUUGACAUUGGCCAAAACGACAUCACCUCAAGCUACUUCGUUAACAACAGCACUGCAGAAGUCGAAGCCACCAUCCCUGAUCUGAUGGAGAGGCUCACAUCUGUAAUCCAGAGUGUGUACACACGCGGAGGAAGGUACUUCUGGAUCCAUAACACAGGUCCGCUCGGCUGCCUGCCCUACUCGCUGCUCCACCGCCCUGACCUCGCCUCUCCCAUGGACGGCGCCGGCUGCUCCGUCACCUACAACAAGGUCGCGCAGCUCUUCAACCUCAGGCUCAAGGAGACCGUGGCGAGCCUCCGGAAGACGCACCCUGACGCCGCGUUCACCUACGUCGACGUGUACACCGCCAAGUACAAGCUGAUCACCGAGACCAAGAAGCUCGGCUUCGACGACCCUCUGCUGACCUGCUGCGGCCAUGGCGGCCGGUACAACUUCAACCUGAACAUCGGCUGCGGCGGGAAGAAGCAGGUGAAUGGGACGUGGGUGGUGGGGAAUUCCUGCGAGGACCCCUCCAAGAGGGUGAGCUGGGACGGCGUGCACUUCACCGAGGCCGCGAACAAGUUCGUGUUCGACCAGAUCGUCGCCGGCGCGCUCUCGGACCCGCCUGUGCCGCUGAAGCGAGCAUGCCAGAGCAAAGGGCGAUGAACCGGCCGUGUGUCAUUACUAGGGCUGGCUACGCUGCAGCUGCUGCUGUGGCUGCUUCUUGCUGUGUGAGUGUACAAUUGGAGGAGCACGCGUGGUCGAGGAUGGGGUGUACAGUAUACUGCUUCACUUGUAAUAAGGGAAAUGGAAUUCACAUCGGUGAGCGUCGCUGUCCCCCAAUAGGGUGAUCAGGAAAUAUUAGCAUACAUUAUGAGGGAUGUUGCUGUCGAGAUACGAGAUACACCUUGCGGUUCAUCGUCCCUGCAACAUUCCAAUUAAGCAUUCUAGUAGAGAAUGAAAGGAAAUCGUGUUUUGUUUUGCAAAUAAUAUAUAUUUGUAUAUGCUGCAA